CGUCACUUCCUGAGAUGACAAAUGUGCGGUUGGCCAGCAGCUCUUUAAAAAAACACAAGUUGUCGGAGGCGCAACAUGAAGCGACGCCAGAGACGCUCGCUCGAUCGCCCAGAUUGGCGAGAGCCCCAAAAUUGACGAGAUUGGCGCUCGCCGCCGCCCGGUGGAGAAUGAUCGGGUGCCCGCUUUGGACUCGGUGGAUGGACACAACAACAACAUUCCUCGUUCUCCUGCUGCUCCUGCUGUCCACCAAUCAGGCGUCUUCCAUCAAAACUCGUCAGUGUUCGGAUUCCAUCCAACGGAUUUUGAAGCAGACCAGACUGACGCAGAAGGAAUCCGCCGAGCUCAUCAAAACCUACAAAGCCUCCCAGGGGGACAUGUCGAACGUCUUCUGCCAGGCGUCGCUCUACGACGUCCCCGAGCCCGCCGUCUCCGGCCUGGAGGUUUCUGAGCGGCUGGAGAGCGUCCUGGACCGCCUACGCGCCUUCCUGCCCCACUUGCGAAGGGUCUACGACCAGCAGGCGGACCUCCAGGCCCCCGGUAGUCCGGUCGUGGUCCAGCUAGGCCACAUGGGCGAUCGCAGCCGGCGCUUGGGGUCCCUGGUGCGGGCGUUCUACCGGGACACCUUCCCCAACCUUCAGGAGCCUGCCGGGGAACCCGCGGUCCUGGAGCCGCCGGCCCAGAACGUGUUCGGGCAGAAGGUCUACGGAUGCGUGGUCCUCAAGACCUACAAGGAGUUUCUGACCAAUGCGGCCCGGGAACUCAGGAGCCUCAAGGGCAAAAUGUGCAGAAACAGGAGGUUCUUCAAGUCCUCGUGAUACCGGCACGACUUCAGAGGAACUACAGGACACGUGGCCUAUUUAUGAUUAUUUAUAUUUAAUUCAUAUUUAUUAUGGAAAUGAUGGAAAAUGUUCAAUGAGUUGCAUUGGGACCAUGAAAUGAAUGUACAUGCCCGGAUGGAUUGCACUGGCCCGGCGGCCCAAUAAAAAUAGCGGGGAAAAAAAAGAAACUCAUGAUGUCACUUUAUUAAGGUCAGUCAUUGGUCACUUUAUCAGGUGACUACUAGUUACUGGUCGCUUUAUUAGGUCACUGGUCACUUUAUUUGCUAAAACGUGGACUUUUCAUCAUUGGUCACCAAAUGACAGUGGGUACGGGAAGUUUUCAGACCCCCUUAAAUUUUCACUCUUUGUU